AAUGUGCGCUGCUUUUCGGUCUGGUUACUACCGUUUAUGUCAGAACCGGUGCCAUCAUGGCACCGGACACCGGUACCCAUCCCUACUCUUGGGUUAGUCAGACAUAUUCAACAGAGAACAGUAUUAUUAUCAUUUAAAUGUUGACACAUUUUGUUGUCUCAGUUGUGUGUAUUGUUGUUCUCCCAUCAACAACACAGAUUCAGACCACUUUCAAAAGCCAGCUCUUUGAAAAGACACUAAUGGCCCUUCACUGACACUUUUCCAUGUUUGCUUGUGGAGACAAACAGCUACAACAGGGCACGGUGGCAUCCUUGAGACUAAACUCAGCAGAUCCAUUUGUGCUUUGUGUCUAGACUUUUUGUUGGGUCAACAGUAUGUUUAGACAGUCUGACUCUCGGUUUGACACCUUAGCCAGACAGCUUAUGGUUUGAUUUAAGAGAAAAUAAACAGUCUGGUACAAGAUGGAGCUUUUCCUUGUUCUUUGGCAGAGAAGGGCCAGCCUUUUAAGUAGCUCAGGUUUACAAGCUGCUAUUGUAGUUCUGCCUGAUUGGUAGGUUUGUGGGUGUGCCAUAUCUGUCAGAGCAAUCAUUAUAGCAGGACUCUAAAACUACUGUUCACUGCCCCAGUACUAAACCUGCAGUGGUUUUUGAGUAUCACUACUCGGAUCUUUAAAUCCAAGAUGGCCUGUUAUUGUUUGGACCUUGAGGUUAACACAGAGAGAUGGUUCAGAUUUAAAUCAUCUGUUUUGUUUUCUAGCUGUGGCAGCUGGUUGACUACCACUUCUAAAGUGCUAUGCAGAUGUCAGCAUAUACUGUCUGGUCAUUUGUGUCUGAUAGACGUUCUGAUCUUUCUUCCAACUAAAUAGUCACUCAUAGCAACUGGCUGAGCCCUGACUUUCUCUGGCGAGUUUCACCAAGAGCUUAGAAUUGUUAUCUCACAAGUAAACUCAAAAGAUUGAUGAAUAUAGACCGCUAAAUCAAGAGCUUUGCUUUGUAGGUCAGCUUUCCCUCCUCAACCACCAUCUGAUGCUGAGGUUACGUCAAGCCACUAUAGGAACAAUGGGCAUCAGUGUUUAAUUGUUGACUUAAUUUGUUAGUUAUCUGAUAGUGUGACAGAAUAUACUCAAGUCAAGAUUCAUAUAUUACUUAGUGCUGGCUCUCCGCCAUAUUUCACAGUCUUUCUUAUCAGAGGGAAUUAGCUUAGAAAACCAUAAAGAUCAAUUUUCUCACCUGAACCAGUUGUGGAACUUUAGAUAUUUUCUUAGUUUAAUGUGAGUUUUAUGUUGUAUUUGUGAGGAACCAUGUAAAAAAACAUCCCAGAAAAGAGAAGAUGCCUUUUUUUACAUUUAUCUAAAAACUAAUUUCCAUCUCUAUCCCUGGCAAUGUAGGCACAGUAUUAAAUAUCUAAUAAAUAAACUAUUAUCUGCUUAUAUAUGAUAUAUAUAAUUUGCAGAUAUUUGUGUCUGACUUUGGCAUCUGUUCUCAAUAAUACAUGCAGAUUCUUAACCAAGCUAGCAAGACUGAGCUGAUAACUAGAGCUUGGUUACUUCUGGCUUCAAAAUCCAGACAGAUGGCUCUGUCAACUUUUUAUAUACAGUUUAUGGAUUCUAUUUGAUACCACAUGAACCUGGAGACAAUCUGACUAUGACAGAAAGAUGGAUUAAUGGGCAGAGCUGUAACUAUGUAGCUGCUUUAUAUUGAAGGAUCGCCUGCAUUCUUCCUUUAGUUCUGAAUCUGAAUCGGUGCUAGUAAGUCAAAGUAUGCUCUGUACGACGCGUGACUAUAGAAUGAAUAACGGCGCACGAACAGCAAUAAAAAGUAUGAAAUAUGUUGUUCCUAGAUUAAAUUUAAACAUUUGAGCGAGGAGAUAAUCAGCCUGAUGUGCCUAAGUAAUAGAACAGUCCUCCCAAGGUAACUGUACUCUGACUUCUCCCAGAAAACACUGCUCAGACUCAUUUGUCCCAAUUUUAGAUUAUGUAGCUUUUUGCAUCACAUAUCAGAAUACAGACCCUUCUCACAUUGCAGGUUUCUUCUUCAGGGAUUUAGACUCUUUCUCUCUCUCACACACACACACACACACAGACACACACAAGUGUUUAGUCUGCAGAUGGACUGUGCUCUUUGGUUACCGGUAUUUGUUGUGUACACACACUUGAGUCUGGGUUAUGAUAUUGUUGUUGGGUACAUGUUGCACUUCCUCCACUUCACACACCGGAUCAGCUAAAAUCAGCUUGUACUUAUGUUACUUUUGUCAGCAAUUCGCCUGUUUGAUGCAAUGUUGAAUUAUACUGCCCAUACGUGGAAGGGCAGGUACAGGACAUUUGGUUGUUUUAUUAACUACAUUCAUUGGGAAAUUUCUUUUUAGCAUGAAUAUAAUUCCGGGUGUCGGGUGAGCUGUCAUCAAAACCUUAUAGUCACAGGUGCUUAUAGUCAACAGACCUGUGUGAUCACAAGCAUUACUGUAACUUGUAGCUCUCAGUAUUUCUACAGCAGGUCUAUUUGGGGUUGCCUGAAUUGUAAAAUGUGACCAUCAUUCACUUAGAAAAAAGGAUGAGACAGAACAUUAAGUCCUCCUUACUCACAAUAAUUCCACCUUUGUGUGCCACCUGACUGCCAUCAUGGAAACACUUGUUUUUCUUUAACACUUUUUCUGUGAACUCCACGAAAAUCCAUGAGUGUACUCUGACACUAAGAGGGAUAGUCUGUAUUUAUCUUACUUUUGCAUUCCUCAACUAUGAACCUUAGACUUGAAUUUUUACCAUGAGUUUUGUUAUCUUAUUAGUAAUCUUUGGUAUUUUGAUGAAUGUCAUCAUUAAACAACUAGUUAUUACUCACUAUAACCCUUGUUACUUUUGUCUAAGUAAACCUGGAAUAGCCAACAGGAGUUAUUCCUGUGAUCUGUGACCUAAUUAAACACUUCAUUGAUGGGUUUACAGGAUUAAUUCAUAGUUUCAGGUCAGAGAAUGUUAUAUGGUGUUCAUUUUGUAACUUCUGUUACUAAUACAGUGUACCAUUUGGACAUUAGUUGUUGUUAAUCUGCUACAUGCGGACUGUAUGGGAUAUUUAGCAGACUGCUGAGCGGCACUCUGUGCUUGCUUGGGUACUGCUGAUAGAUCUAGGCUGUCAUUCUACUACACCCUCUCAUUAAGACAGACCAGAACUAACACUAAUGUGUCUUUGUCUUUGCUGGUGAUUCACCGGAAACGUCAUUAACAACCGUUUUUUUUAGGACUGCACAUCCUAAUUUUAGAACUACUUGUCCCUGCCAUCACAUUAAGAGUGUAUGCUGUCUUUCCCUUACAGCCGAUGUUUCUUCCUCACUUUAGCUAUUACCAUACUAUUACACAGAUUUUUAUACAGUAGUUGCCCUUAUGGGUGACUUUUGUGUCGUGAUCGAAAUGGAGAUGCGUAGUCUCCUUGGAGCACAGCGUUUAGUCCUUCAGACUGUAGCAGCAGCGCGGAGAAGGCUGGACUGACGUAGCCAGCACGGUUGGAGGCGGCCGCUGACGUUUGUUGUGGGCCGAUUUUUUUUCUUCACCCGAGCCCAAAGGGGGCGGGCCUGCAGUCCGGUAAAACGGAAUGGGAACACAAUGUGCAUUUAUUUGCAUUUACAGACCCACACCGCCGAAUGGACCCUCACCUGCGUAGAACGACACAGCGGCCAGUUGCUCUUAUAACACUCGGCUUUACCACGUGUUUGUCGCUUUUAGCGUGUUCAUUGCAGUCUGUAGUAGCACGGCGUGGAAGGAGAAGCCACAGGUCGUCUAUAUCGUUGAAUGAAUGACUACAAGCAGAGAAAGCUGGUGAAACGUGUGAUUGGCUUCCCUGAGAUAGAAAGCUCAUCAUCCAGUCAGCGGGAGCACUCGGAGACCUACGCCGUUGUCUGAGUAACUCGUACCGGUGAUCGGUUUCAUUCCUCCGCCAGCAUGCCGAGCAUGCGACAGUCCUACACGGUGACAGUUCCCGAGGAGCCGCCCGCCGCUGCUUUCCCGUUCCUAAAGCAGGAGAUGCGAAGAAAAGGCAGCAUGUCCGGGUCGGUGCUGGUGUCAACGUUCGUGGGGCUUAUCAUCAACCAAGCCAAGAAUUCAAAGAGCGCCCAAGGCCUGGUGGGACUGAAGAAUUUAGGAAACACUUGUUUCAUGAACAGUAUCCUGCAGUGUCUUAGCAACACACAAAGCCUGCGAGACUACUGCCUGCACAACUCCCACCGCAGAGACCUUAACAACAACAGCCGCACCAACACAGCCCUCAUGGAAGAAUUUGCCAAGCUGCUACAGACCAUGUGGACAUCAUCCAGCAGUGAGGCUGUCAGCCCGUCCGAAUUUAAAACACAGAUCCAGAGAUAUGCUCCCAGAUUUGUGGGAUACAACCAACAGGAUGCUCAGGAGUUCCUGCGCUUCCUCCUGGACGGCCUGCACAACGAGGUCAACAGGGUCACUGUGAGGCCGAGAGGCACUGUGGAGGACUUCGACCACCUGCCAGAUGAGGAGAAAGGGAAGAAGAUGUGGAGUAAAUACCUGGAGCGAGAGGACAGUAAGAUAGUAGACCUGUUUGUGGGACAGCUGAAGAGCUCAUUGACCUGCAGCCACUGUGGUUUCUGCUCCACUGUCUUCGACCCAUUCUGGGAUCUCUCUCUGCCUAUCGCCAAGAAGGGCUAUGGUGAGGUGAGUCUGAUGGACUGCAUGCGACUCUUCACCAAAGAAGACGUCCUUGAUGGGGAUGAAAAGCCGACGUGCUACAGAUGUAAAGCCAGGAGGAGAUGCACUAAAAAGUUCACAAUACAGAAAUUCCCCAAGAUUUUAGUGCUGCACCUGAAGCGCUUCUCUGAGGCACGAAGAACCAGCAAACUGUCCACAUUUGUUAACUUCCCCAUGAAGGAUCUUGACCUGCGGGAGUUUGCCUCUGAAAACAGCAUAAAUGCAGUGUACAACCUGUACGCAGUGUCCAACCACUCAGGCACCACUAUGGGCGGCCACUACACAGCCUACUGUCGCAAUCCCAGCUCGGGAGAAUGGUACACGUUCAAUGACUCCAG